AUUCAUUUCGUGUGACUGUUGUAUGCUUUUGGAAUGGUUCAAUUCGAUCAACUAGUAACAAUGUUAAGUACGUUGGGGGAAGACAUAAACUAUUUGCAUGCAACUCAUACAUGGAUUUGAAUGUAUUUAAACAUUUUAUAUGCUCUAAGAUUGGCAUUGACACUACAAGAAUUACUAUUAAUAUAAGUUUUAAGUACAAUCUGAGUGGAGAUUUGUUAGCUUUUACGGUUGAGGAUGAGGAGGCUAUAGAUGCAAUGUGGGAGUAUUCAAGGUCUACCCCUAGUCCUUCUUUAGAGUUAUAUGUGGAAGAGGUAUGAAAGGACUGCAGAGCAAAGACAACCACAUAAGGUCGUCGAAGGAUUGAAGGCCAUUGGUGUUGCUAAUCGGGAAGCACUUUUUUGGAUUGAUCAAGUUGGUGAAAUGUCUAAAUGGUCAAUAUGUCACGAUGGAGGGUAUAGGUAUGGUGUUACUAAUACCAACUUGGCCGAAGAAUUCAAUAACGUGAUGAAGGGUGUGCGUUUCUUGCCUAUAACAACUCUUGUGGAGUUCACCUUCUACCGUGUUAAUGAUUACUUUGUUAAAAGACGCGAGAAUGCGAACGCGUGGCUAAUUGGGGGAAAUAAAUACACUUCACACGCCACUAGGAUUAUAACCCGUAACACCGAGAAGGCAAACUACCAUGAGAUCGUCACAUUUGACUACAGACGAGGCCUUUUCCAAGUUAAGACUGGACGUGGUAAUAGAGGAUCCGCCAAGGGUGGUAAAAUACAAAGUGUAGAUAUGAGAGAGAUGGAAUGCACUUGUAACAAACCCUCCAUAUAUCACUUACCUUGUUCUCAUGUUCUUGCCGUUUGUAUUAAACGACACUUAUCCUACGAGCGUUUUGUGGACUCCUGCUACACGACCCAGAGCUAUGUUAACACAUAUGAAUGCAUAUUCUUGCCGUUAAUUGAUAAGAGGUCAUGGCCUCAAUACACCGGUGUUGAGGUGCUACACGAUCCAGAUCACAUUCGUGGAUUAGGAAGACCUAAGUCCAGGAGGAUCACGAACGAAAUGGACGAAGGAUCGCGGAGACGCAACGCUUGUCGGCGGUGUGGUAGUAACGGUUACAACACUAGAACUUGCACGUCAAGAUGGAUCCAGCAGCUCCAGGCCCUCUCGACCCUAAUGUCCUUACGAUGUAGGCGAAUCAUAGGAGCAUUAGAAUACUCCUUAAUACUUUGUCUUGUAUUGCUACAUGUUUUGUCUUGUCAUAUCUCGCCUUUGUUCGCUUUUGGAGGUAUUCUCAAUGCAAGUGUCUUAUUGGAAAAAUUGAAGUACUAUGUGGAUGAUACCUAA